GUUUCCACGUCCAAUCCUGCGACUGCCUUUGCGAUCACUCCGUGGCUGGUUAUUGGAGCUGAGUUCGCGUAGGCGCACCCAGUUCUCGCGGCCUUUUGUCGGGCAGUGAGUUCAUGGCGGAGUCGGACUCUGAGGGAACUAAGACAAAGCUUGUUGCUAACCAGCCAUAUGAUGAAAGUCUGGAUGUGAAUGAUUCUGAAGAAGUAGCAAGCAUCUACACCCCAUCCCCAAGGCAGUCUGGUGGCCCCAGGUUAAACUUCUCCCAGACCAGAAUCAUGGCAGAUAGUAGCAGCGAUGAAUAUGAGGAAGAAGAUGAUAGUAAAUCGGAGGAGAAAAAGGAGGACUCAAAGUCCCUGCAGCAGGGGUUCGUUGAGGAUGAGGAGGAAGAUGAAGACUCAGAUGACACAGAAUCUGAAGAAGAACAUGGAGCACCACCAGAAGGUGCAUAUGACCCUGCAGAUUAUGAGCACCUCAAUACUUCUACUGAAAUAAAGGCGCUGUUUCAGUAUAUCACACGGUAUACUCCACAGUCUAUUGAGCUGGAUCACAAACUGAAGCCGUUCAUUCCUGAUUUCAUUCCUUCAGUGGGAGAUAUUGAUGCUUUUUUGAAGGUGCCACGUCCUGAUGGGAAACUUGACAACCUGGGCCUAAUCCCAUUAGAUGAACCUUGUGCAAAGCAGUCUGACCCAACUGUACUUUCGCUCUGGUUGACAGAGAAUUCAAAACAGCACAGUAUCACGUAUUUUUGUGGCGUGCUUGGACGUAGUGGCCUCUUUGAGGCCAACCAAAGGUGUUUUUGCCCUUUUUAUACAUCUUUUUCUGAUUGUAAGGCAAUCCUGGACAUUAAGAACUUCAAGUACUGCAGACCUACCAUAUCUCAGUUGAAGGUGAAAAGUCUGGAAAAUGUAGAGAAGAAUCCAAAGGUUCUAGACAACUGGAUAGAAAGCAUCAGUGAGCUGCACCGUUCCAAACCACCUGCUAAUGUUCACUAUACCAAGCCAAUGCCUGAUAUUGAGUCCCUCAUGCAGGAGUGGCCGCCAGAGUUUGAGGAGCUGCUGGGGAAGGUGAGCCUGCCCACUGCAGAAAUGAAAUGUGACCUGCCCCAGUACAUUGAUAUGAUUUGUGCAAUUCUGGAUAUCCCCAUUUACAAGGACCACAUUCAAUCCUUGCAUGUGCUUUUCACCCUCUAUUCAGAGUUCAAAAACUCACAGCACUUCAAAGCUUUUGCAGAAAGAAACAAAGUGAGCAGCUCUGAGGAGCCCCCAUCCCACAAUGCAGAUGUGGAUACAAUAACAUUUGACUAAGUAGCAGCUCUGAGCAAAUAAUCCCUACGAAGCUUGAGAGCUUAUUUUAAUUCUUUGAAAUAUCGAACUUUUAUUUUUCUAUUGUGUGCAUCUUCCUAAUAAAUAUUAUUCUGAACAAUAUUUUUCAUCAUUCCUGUAUUAAAUUUUUUGCAGCUGGAUAAAUCAAAUCAAGAAGUUUUGGGGAAAAAUGACAAACUGCUAGGUUUGAAUGUAUAUUUAACUUUAAAAUAUACAUUUUUUUUUUAAAAAGCAGGUAAACAAUCACUUUUCAAUCCAUGGCCUCUACUGUCAAGAUGAAGCCACACUCAGGUUGGAGGAACAACACCUUAUAUUCCGUCUGGGUAGCCUCCAACCUGAUGGCAUGAACAUUGAUUUCGCUAACUUCUGUUAAUGCCCCUCCUCCCCUUCUUACCCUAUCCCUUAUUUAUUUAUUAUUCCCCCCCCCCCGUCUUUUUUCUCUCUCUGUCCCUCUCACAAUCACUCCUUGCCUGCUCUCCAUCUUCCUCUGGGGUCUCCCUCCCCCUUUCUUUCUCUCUAGGCCUCCCGUCCCAUGAUCCUCCCCCUUCUCCAGCUCUGUAUCCCUUUUGCCAAUCAACUGUCCAGCUCUUGGCUCCAUCCCUCCCCUUCCUGCCUUCUCCUAUCAUUUUGGAUCUCCCCCUUCCCCUCCCACUUUCAAAUCUCUUACUAUCUCUUCUUUCAGUUAGUCCUGACGAAGUGUCUCGGCCUGUAACGUCGACUAUACUUCUUCCUAUGGAUGCUGCCUGGCCUGCUGCGUUCCACCAGCAUUUUGUGUGUGUUGCUAGAAUUUCCAGCAUCUGCAGAUUUUCUCGUGUUUGCGUUUUUAAACUAUCACUUUUGUUUUGUAGGAAUCCUGCAUUAAUGACUUAGCACUAAUUUUUCCUCACAGUUCCUGUUGAUGCAGAUUUCAGAGAAAAAUUUAAUUCUGAUAAAAUGAUUUUCAGGAGAUUAGAGUGAUUGGAAAACAAACUUUUCCCCUCCACCUGAUUCCCACACACCAAUACCCUCCCCAACUUUUCACCACCCCUUUGACCUAUUUACUUUGUACGUGAAGAUGCAAUGACAACUCACCUCCCUUAUGAACCUUCCACUGAAUUAGCACUUACUGUGCAUUCUAGCAAUUGGUAAAUAAGGAACACCAAGGAAUGUAAUUACCAGCAUCUAGCCUAAUUCUGUACUUCAGUAAUUUAAAGUCUUCUUGUUAUUCCUCACCUAGCAAGUUCAGCUUAUGCAGAGUUCUUUCAUAAUUCUGUGAUUUAAUCAUAUCUUAAAGUCAAAUCUUUUCAAAAUUGAAUAGCUGCUUACAGUUUCAAUCAAUCCAGACAACUGAGUGUCUUUAAAGCAGAUACCGUGCAACCAGACUUUUCAUAUCCAGUAAAAAUCCAGUAUUCCUAUCGUUGACCUAAAACCAAUAUAUUUUAAUUUAAAUGAUAUAAGGAGAUGGGGUGGGCUGAUUAAAGCACCGAGGAAGAUUGAAAUCAAAGAGGGAGUUGCAGAAGGCAACCGAAUGUUCAGUGCCACAUACCAGCCUCUCGCUGUCUGCUGCCGGAGAAGGUGUAUGUGUAUGCCAGUCUCUCACUUGUUGCUCCCGAGGGAAGGUCCUCGUGUGCAAAUGAUCUUUCUCUCUCCCCCUCUGCUGUUGGCAGAUGGUGUCAGAGCAAGAUUUAACCGACUUGGGUUGUAGAUUUGGACUGUAUUUCAGGUUUAUGAUGUGUUCUAGUUUCCAGUUCUCCCAUAAAGCUGCGACUGGUGAAGCACCCAGGCAACAGUUAUUGUAUGCACAGUCUCUCCCAUCUCAGACACUGAAGCUUGUAACUCCUUCAGAGUUGUCAUUGGUCUCUUGGUAGCCUCCUUCACUAGUCCCGUUCUUGCAUGGUCACACAGUUUUUGAAGAUGGCCAGCUCUAGGGAGAUUUACAGCUGUGCCAUAUUCCUUCUAUUUCUUGAUAAUUAACUUAACUGUACUCCAAGGGAAGUGACUUGGAAAUUUUCUUGUAUCCAUCUUGUGCUUCUCAAUAACCUUUUCAUGGAGUUGCUUUGAGUGUUCUUUUGUCUUCAUGGUGUAGUUUUUGCCAGGAGACUGACUUACCAGCAGUUGGACUGUCCAGAUACAGGUGUAGUUUUGCUACAAUCAAUUGAAACACCUUGACUGCACACAGGUGAUCUCCAUUUAACUAAUUAUAUGACUUCUGAAACCAGUUGGCUGCACCAGUGAUGCCUUGGUGUCAUAUUAAAGGGGGUGAAUAUUUAUGCAAUUAAUUAUUUUGUGUUUUAUAUUUGUAAUUAAUUUAGAUCACUUUGUAGAGAUCUGUUUUCACUUUGACACAAGAGUCUUUUUCUGUCAGUAAAUGUUUUUAAAAAAGCCAAAUUAAAUCCACUGUUAUUCAAUGUUGUAAAAUAAUAACACAUGAAAACCGGUGAAAACAUGAAAGAUGAAUACCUUUUAUAGGCACUGUACCUAAUAAA